CAUCCCUGCUUUUGUCAGUUAUUUUUUUAAAAAUUCAAAAUUUAGCUAGCUUGGCAGAUGGCUCAGGAACCCAAAUGGAAGAAGGCCUACGAUCGACUGAUCCGUGAGCACUACGAUGACGAGAAGCAGGUGCACUUGCUGCAGCGCCAACUGCGGCAUUUCCGGUCCAAACGGAAACGCCUGCAGAACCAAAUCGAGGAGGAGAGCAAGGGCAUGGACGUCUGGAUGGACAUGAUGGACAACCUGCGCCGCGGAUUGGACCGCUUUCAGAAGCACAAGCACCUCCUCACUCCCAAGAAGAAGAAGCAGUUGCGGCGGAUAAUCCGCCAGCUGCCCAAUGACACUUUGGAGGAGCGUGUGCGUCUGAUGGAGGUCUCGGAGAAGUUGCUGCCCAAACCAUGUAAGGAGUCUAAAGCUCCCACUGGCAAAGCCCCAGAAGAGCAGGCCACCGCCAGAUAUUCCGUGCCCCUGCAGAAACCCUGUGAUCCCACGAAACAGCCUUCGGUGGACAAGCGGCUAUCCAGGAUUAAUACCGAUCUGCAAGCCCUGCGUCGGAUCCACGAACAGACCAUGUCCGUCGUGGCAGAUAUACGUUCCCUAAUGGCCACCAUUAACUAUUUGGAGAGGGGUCACUGCUCCAACAUAAAGAUCACUCCCUAUGUGGAGGAGGCAACGAGAGAUAAAGAUUCCCAGCCUUCCAUGAAGGCCACCAUCAAAUUGGACCGUCUGCGAAAAACCAAGCACAAGACGCACUACACCCGGGAACUUAUGGACAUUCGUCCUCCAUACAUCCUUGAUCAUGUGCCGCAACUCAAGCCGCCCCACAUUUUUGACUUCCUCGAGAAGAAAAGCAAAAAACCACACAAACACUAAACCAUCUCUGUGGUGGGGACAAUAAUUUAUUACGCCAAGAAUUAGUCUACUUAAACAUAGUCUACUUGAACAUGUUCUAUGCUAUGCUAAUCCUGUCCAGCUUCCGUUCGAUAUAUACAAUUUACAAUAA